GCUUGUUGAUAUAAAGACCGUGCCAUGUGGUAAAGUGGAAGCAGGUUAAAAUCAGAUUUUGAAUAAACAUUUUGGAAAUAUGUCAUUCUUCAUUAGGAAUAAACAAGGAGGAAUUGGAGCUAAAAGAAAGAUCAAUGGUCAUAUUAAAGCAACAAAGGGAAAGAAAAAGAAGAUCAUUCCUAAAUCUGUACCUGAUGAUAAUGAAAGUAUUGCCAGUACGGAUGAAGAACUUGCAGAAGAGAAUCAAAAACAAGAUGAAUAUGAAAGUGAGGAAGAAGAAGAAACUGCACAGGAGAAACGUAUUAGACUUGCAAAGAAAUAUCUCGAACAAAUUGAAGAAGAAGAGAAGGACAGAGCAGAAUUUGAAGAGGGAGCAGUAGCGAAGCGAUUACAUGAAGAAUAUUUAGAAGAGAAAGGGAGAUUGAGGAAAACCGUUGCUGCAAAUUAUGUGAAUCAUGGUGAACCGAUCAUUCUUAAAUGUAAAGAACAUAAAAGUUCAAUCACUUGUUUAUGUCUCUCUAGUAACGGAAAAUUCUUGUACUCCGGUUCAAAGGAUGGUAGCUUAGUAAAAUGGUCUUUAAAAGAGAGGACUAAAUUAAAAGCAGUUAAAGGGAAAGCGAAAUCACAGGAUGGAAUGAAGUGUGUACAUUGCGUGGCGAUUAGCACUGACGGUAAAUUUUUGGUAGCAGGAGAUAGUGGUUGUAAAUAUGUUAAGGUAUUUUGCGGAGAUACUUUGAAACUUAUAAAGAAUUUACAAGGUCACAGAGGUAGCGUAACAGGUUUAGUUUUCCGCAAGGACACGCAUACGUUGUAUUCCGCUUCGGAAGACAGAAGUGUCAAAGUGUGGAAUUUAGAUGACAUGGCGUAUGUCGAAUCCUUAUUCGGACAUCAAAGCGGUGUUACAUCGAUCGAUGCUCUCGCGCGAGAACGUGCGAUCACGAGCGGUGGCUUUGACAGGACAGUUCGGAUAUGGAAAAUCGUGGAGGAAUCGCAACUUAUAUUCAAUGGACAUGGUGGUAGCAUAGAUGCCGUAAAGCUUGUAAAUGAAGAGAUCUUCUUGAGCUGCGGAGACGAUGGACAAUUGUGUAUUUGGGGCUGUUUAAAGAAAAGGCCUUUGUGCUCUGUGCCAGACGCGCACGGCAGAGAUGAAAGCAAUAAUCAACCAAUGUGGAUUUCUAGUAUAGCUACAUUACUCAAUACAGAUUUGGUUGCGUCAGGAUCGCGAAAUGGCGUUAUCAGAUUAUGGCAGUGCAGCGACUCGUUUAGGGCUUUGAAUCCUCUGUUCGAAAUUCACUUAACAGGUUUUAUAAAUGCGUUGUGGUUCACUCCAGACGGAACUGAGCUCAUUGCCGCUGUUGGUCAAGAACACAGACUUGGCAGAUGGUGGCGCAUACCAGAAGCAAAAAAUAGUAUUGUCGUAAUACCAUUAAUCCAAACGAAAGAUAAAUGAUUACAUGAUUUUGUAUUUUUAAUUUACAUAAUCUCAUUGUAUAUUAAACAAAUCAUUGUUUACUAUUUUA